AUGAAGGACGCUUAUUUUGCAAUCCCUAUCCACGAAAGUCAUCGGAACUACUUAUGUUUCCAGUAUGAAGAUAAGUUGUUUCGAUUUAAGGCUCUACCUUUCGGUCUAUCUUCGGCACCAUAUGUUUACACUCGCGUGACCAAGCACUUCUACCUAGAAGAUUGGAUCUUCAUCGCUGACAGAUCCGAACAACUUGAACAAGAUCUAUUGCGCCAUUACUUUGUUGAAAGACUAGGUUUCCUGAUCAACUAUGAAAAGUCACAACUCACUCCGUCACAGUCAAUGGACUUCCUCGGCAUUACCAUUGACACUGUGAAAAAAGGUCUCCCGUUGCUGCCAGGAAGCUGGGGGCUAGCUGAUCGUAGAAUAGUACGGCUGAGUGAGGUGGCAGAAUUCGUGGGUAGAGUCGUAGCCCUAUCAAUUGCUAAUAAACUAUCCAUCCACUUUCUGAGGAACCUACAGCAGUGGAUCGCUAGCUAUGGACCCACCUAUUUUUCAGAGUAUCAGCUCGAGGCCCCUCUGCCGUCCAAGUGCCUUGAAGAUUUAGAGUGGUUCACGUCAGACUUUCCAAGGUUUUGUUCGGAACCGAUCGUCAUAAGUGCGCCAACUUUGACAGUCACCUCCGAUGCGUCAAACCUAGGUUGGGGAGCAACAUGCGGCACAGACAGGACAUGCGGCAGAUGGCGCCAAGAGCAGAAAACCCUCCAUAUCAAUGAAAAGGAUUACUUGCCUGCUUUUUCGGACUCAGGUGUUUCGCGGCUCGCCUCUCACAUGCGUCCGUUAGGGUGGAGCUGGACAACACCUCAGCAGUCUGGGGGCGGUACAAAGAGUUGCAGCCUGAAUUUGAUCGCUCGCAGCAUAGCUUCCUGGGCAGCCAAACGUAGUCUACACAUUGUAGCGUGCUACAGAGCGGGAGCAGAAAAUACAGAGGCUGAUUUCCUAUCUAGAAACUUUCCGUGA